CGGCCCAGCGCAGUAUUGAGGAUGCUGAGGAGAUAGAGCGGGAACGGAGACGAAGGGCCAGGGAGAGACAGGAGACCAGGACCCACACACCCACACUGGUCCAGCCAGCACCACCAGCCCCACAUCGGACAAUGGGCUCCCGGAGAUAUAUCCAAUGUGUGAGAGUGAGCUGAAGGCUAGUGGCUGCCAGUUGGCUCUGGAGGAGGACGAGGGCUUCAGUGACUGGACCCAGAGGUUGGAGAAACGCAGACAGCGCCACCUGGAGGAACAGGAGUCCUCGGAGGACCAUCAGCCCCAGCAGCAGCAGAAUCAACCCCAGCAGCAUCAACCCCAGCAGCAUCACCCCCAGCAGCAGCAGAAUCAGCCCCAGCAGCAUCACCCCCAGCAGCAGCAGAAUCAGCCCCAGCAGCAUCACCCCCAGCAGCAGCAGAAUCAGCCCCAGCAGCAUCACCCCCAGCAGCAGCAGCAGCCCCAGCUGCUCACGCUAAACAGAGCCUCCCCAAUCAGGCCCUGCUUGAAGACACGUCCUGGACCUGGGCCUGAGGAGAGGGAGGAGAAGGAGGUAGAGUGGGAACGAAGAGCCAGCAACAAGACACAAGACACUUCAAGAAGAGUAACAGAUGACAAGGUCGUGGAGAAGAAGAAAUCUGAGCUGAAGAUCUCCUACACCUCUAAGGUCAUGAGACACGUCAACAGCAACGGGGAAGCAGCUGGAGCGGAAGUGACCUCAUACCUGGUUGCAGGGAAACUGUCUCCAAGUCGUAGUGGCAGCUUGGGAGGGCAGAGACAGGAGGAGGUGGAUGGAGAGGUUCCCGGGGGGCAGCUGGAGACAGAGAAGACACCAGGCCAGGGACAGGGCACCCUGGAACAGCUGAGACAGAGACAGCAGGAGGACCAGGAGGAGAUGGAGGAGUUGAACCGCAGGAGAGAGGAGAAACGCAGAGCCAGGGAGGAGGAGGAGCACCAGAGAGAGAAAGAGGAGCAGCACAGACAGGAGCAGGAGGAGGAGGAGAAGAAGAGGGUGAAAGACGGGAUAGAGAGUAGGAGGAUGGCGGCUUCAGAGAGAAGGAUGAAGAACCUCAGUAUUUCCAGCAUUGAGGGAGACGAGUCCUUCAGCCCCUUCAGUCCCAUGAGCCCCACCUUCAAGAAUGACACUGAGGAGAGGAUGACGUCUGAGAAUACCUGCACGAUCAACGAGAGGACUGAGUCUCUGAACCGCUCUCUGCAGAAAAGUGAGCUCCUGGUGAGACUAGAGAUGUCCUGCUCCUCUGGCUGGGCAGUGAGCUCCUGGUGA